GUUAUAAAACCACAGGAUAAAGAUGAAAUAAAUGUCUGCUGUCAAUGAUGUAUAGAUUAGUGUUACAGAAAUCUGUCACAGUGACAGGUGUUAGUCGUGUAUGUCACAUUACCCGUGUAUCAUCAGACCGGGUCUGGAUCAGUGAUGGUGACAAUCUCAUCUUGACAAACACAGCAGGUGAUAAACUACAUCAUCUGACAGAUAUAGAUAGUUAUAGUGGAGUACACACUGUGAACUGUGACGGUGAUUUAAUUUAUAUAGACAGACAAGGUAACAUCAACAAACUGUCUACAGAGAACACAGUAAAGACUCCAUUAAUAAAGUACAACACAGCAACAUGGGAACCACUGUGUGUCUACAGCUCCCCCUCCACUGGAGACCUGCUGGUCGGGAUGUGUUAUAGAUAUACAGCCAAGUUAGUGCGGUAUAACUCCACAGGAGAACACAUCCAGACCAUACAGUACGACAACAACACAGGUCAGGAACUGUAUGAUUAUCCUAUCUACAUCACAGAGAACCGCAAUGGAGAUGUUAUUGUGUCUGACUGGUACUGUGGUGUAGUGGUGACAGAUCGUGGUGGAAGUCAUCACUUCUCCUACACAGGACCUCCAUCAGGAUCAGGACUAGAUCCACAUGGAAUCUGUACUGACGCGCUGUCACACAUCCUGGUGUGUGAUCUUAACACCAACUCAGUACAGAUGUUAGACAGGGACGGUCACUUCCUGUCACAGAUACAGACAUCAUCACACGGGAUAGACGAACCACGGAGCCUGAGUUAUGAUGAUACCACACACCUACUGUGGGUAGGGUCAGUCACCAACAACACAGUCAACAUAUACAGAGUGGUAGAUACAGACUCUCUGACUGGUCUCCCUCUGGAGGAUUUCAAAUGCAAGAAACAUCCAAGUUGUCCAUUAGCCCAGUUCUGCAUACAGUGUGAGGUUACCUUGUGUCAGAUAUGCAUCAAGACCUCUGAUGAUCAUAAAAAACAUGAUGUUCAAGAUGUUGAGAAAUUGUUGCAUGAAAUUCACAAGAGAAAAGAUGGAGAUGCAGUUUUGAUGUGCCUUCUUCUCUGCCCUUCAUACAAAAUAAAUCUGGAAGAAGAACACUGGAUGAAGAAGUAUAAUGCUGUUGCUGAAGUUUUCAAAUUCAAGAAGAUUAAGAAGCUGUCCAAUCUUAGCAACUUAAAGAAGUACAAACCAAUACUGAAACAGGAUAGUGUGAAUGUUGAAUUUUCCUGUGAAUUCUUUAGAGAUACCAGCUUUCUUAGAUUUGCAAAGGAUCAGAAAUUUGUGAAUAUGUAUCUGGAUUGGGCAGAAAAAGAAAACAUUGCCAAGUACUGCAGAUCAUCAAAUUAUCUGAGAAGAGAGAUUGAGGAGGAAGUUUGCUGUUGGUUAUUGCCAAAUCAAACGGAACAAUUGAUAGAAAAACUUGGAGAAGACAUGUUCACACAUCCAACGAUGAUGGACCAAUCAAUGCAUGAAUUAGUGUAUAGAAAGCUUGGCAUACCAGUACAGGUUAUAAUGAGAGGAGACGAGUCUGUGAGGAAUUUCUUGGAUAACCUGAAGAAAGGGGAGACGACUAUGUACCACGCCUCUGGGAUGAUCAUUGGGUGUGCUGGUAGUGGGAAAUCAACCCUACUAGAAAGACUGAAGGGCACCAACCUGAAAGAAAUUCUGGAAAAUUCAAUGUCAACCAGAGGAAUUGAUGUCCAGGCUGACAUAUUUGAUGUUACAGACAACACAAUCAAAUUAAACUCAUCAAACCAAAAACAACGCUUUAAAGUUAAAAUUGAUGAAUCAAGCCAACAAAAGAGUUUUCCAGAACAACCUGCAGAAUUAUCUGGUGACAUGAAAAAGUUGGAUAUUGAAGAGACAAGGGAUCAGAAGGAUACAACCAGUAAAGCAAGCAAUGAAGAAUCGGUGAGUGAUGAAGAAAUGUCACAUGAGAACUUGGAUACAGAAUCUGACUCACUUAAAGGAAAUGAAGCUGCCACGUCUGUGGAAAAAGAAAAGGAUAUAGUUGACAGAGAAAACAUUCCUGAUAAUUCAGAAAUAUCAGGCAUUUUACGAGUUUCCAAAGAUGUUUCGGAUAAUCCUGAGAAAAAAAUUACCAUGGUAGACUUUGCAGGACAAUGUGCAUAUUAUGCCUCACACCAGAUUUUUCUGAGUCCACGAGCAUUCUUCAUUCUGGUGCUCAAUAUGGAGAAGAAGUUUGAUGAUAAGGUUGGAGAAGAAGUCUGUAGUCAGGAAGGCUCCAUUUACAAGGGAUGGACACACAGAGACUAUCUAACAUUCUGGGCAAAGUCCAUUCAUCAAUACAGCAGUGAAAAGGCUCCCGUUUUACUGGUCGCCACUCAUGCUGAAGAAAAGACAGAACAGGAGAAAAGAAGGUUUUUUCAUGAGAUAUGGAAGACUUUGGAAACAAAUGACAGGUCCCUGCAAGGACAUCUUGACACAAAAAGGAUGUUUACAGUAGGAUUCCAUGAAAGUGAAAGCAUUGAAAAAAUCAAGCUGUCAGUUGUUGAUGUAGUUCAAAAACUUGAUCACUGGGGUGAAAAGCUUCCACACUCAUGGGCAAUGUUUGAAAACUUCUUUCAGGAAAAGAAAUCCCUUAAAAUAAUCAACAAAGGGAUACUCAUGGCUUUCAAUGAAGCUUUGCCACAGGAUAUAAAAUUGGAGAGAGAUGAAGAUGUUAAUACCAUGCUGCAGUUUUUCCAUGAUGUUAAGGAAAUUUUGAAUUUUAACCAACAAUUCCUCAGAGAAAUAAUUAUUCUUGAUGUUCAGUGGUUUGCAGAUGCAUUCAAACAUGUUAUAACUGAUAAAAACCAUGCAGAAGAGGAUUUCUUGCAUCAUUCAUCAUUAUUUUAUCAUGCAUCGGAAUGGGACAAAUUCAAUUAUACUGGAGAACUGAGUGAAGCUUUACUGUUGGCAAUAUGGAAUAUGUACGAUAAUGGAUGCAUUGAACACAAAGAUGAUAUCAUGCUGUACAUGGAGAAGCUAGGACUCCUGGCUAAAAUGGAAGACAAAAAGUGGUAUGUUCCAUGUAUGAACAAAAUACCAUUUCCUGGCGAUAGCUUUACAAAAUACCCUGCUUCAUCUAUCCUGUGCUACGCAUUUGAUAUGCUUCCUGCAGGCAUUUUCCACCGCCUCGUAGUAAGUUGCAUGCAAUUUCCUUGGACUCUUGUCAAAGAAAAAAGAGCAGGAAAAGAAGAACCAUGCAUUUACCAGACAGCAGCUGUGUUUCUUUUGGAGAAUCAUUAUAUUCUGCUUGGAAUGACACCAACAGAAAUUCAAUUACAGGUCUUUGUUGUUGAUGGAGAAGUUGAAAUACAAACAUGUUUCAAGAUAAGGGAAGAAAUUGAAAGUGAAUUGCACAUUCUUUCCAGUACGUUUCAAAGAAACUUGAAAUUUCAAAUUGCCUUCAAAUGCAGACCUAUUGGAUUUUGUGACAGUGAAAGAAGUCACGUGAUAAAAGAAUCGGAAUUUACAGAACCGACUCUUCCGUGCCCUUCCUGUCUUGCAGGGAAAAAGCAUAUUAUUAACACGACAGAUAUCCUCAAAUACUGGACACAGAUGAAGUCAAGCGCUCCCAUAUCUCCAAUUGCCUCUGGACAAGACCUGGGGGACCGAACUAGAUUUGCAAAACUUGGAAUGGCAACAAACGAUGUGUUAAAUCAGGCAUACAGAGAUAUUUUAGAGAAAGAGGUGCAGCCUUCUGAUAUUGAGAACAAAGUUAAAGCAUCACCAGUUUAUAAAAGAUUGCGCCCAGAACAAGAACAUCUUUUGCAGGAUGCUAAACAUUCCGGUUAUAAAAAAUUGGAUAUUUCAUUAACAUACACAUUGAUAAGAAACAUUUGUAAAAAGAUUCCGAAACCAACGAAAGGAAAAUGGGGAGAAGAUCCUGCUGCAGGAGAGGUAACCGUUGGUGAUGAUAUCGAGAGAAUUAGGUCAAUCCGAAACAGUUUGACUGCACAUGUGAGCUCAGCCUCCACCCCUCAGACAGAAUUUGAUGAUACCUGGUCGACGAUGUCAGAUAUCUGCCAAAGAUUGGAAACCUUCACGGGAAAGAAGUACUUGGAUAACCUUAAUGAUAUUCAAAAACUGGCCUUAAGAAAGGAAGAUGAGGAUGUUAUUAUAGAAAAGGUUAAAAUGGAAAGUCAACAUGAAAUGGUGAAGGCAAUCAUGUCAGAUGUGCAAGAAAUUAAAGCAGCAGUAUUGAGGCCUGAAAGCAAGCAUGCCUCAAAUGUUUAAAUAAAGAAUGGUCAAUCAAGGAUUUCUGGGGGGGGGGGGGGGGGGGAUUUAAUAAUAUCAGAAACUCACAAUACCUAUUCAUU